AAAGCCAGGAAAGCUUGUUUUGCCCCUAGCACCCGAUCCCGCUGCCGCCCCCAGUUUCGAGCCCCGAGUGGUUCCCCCAGCUGAAUGAGGUCUAGGGAGGCCCCCAGAGCUCCCCUCACUGUCUCUUUCUCCGUGCCCCUUCCCACCCUCCUGCUCCUCCUCCCCCCUGCCACUGCUUAGUGUCUUGCCUCUGACCAGCGGCGCGGAGAGCUCCGGUCUAGGGGGCUGGGGGAAAGUGGGGUUGCUUAGGAGGUCGCGGUUGCUUUUUCCCCUCUUGCUAGAUCCUUUUCUGAGGUCGAGUUGCCCAAGAUGCCUCAGGGGCCCGGCUCUCUGCUCCUGCUCUUCCUCGCCUCUCACUGCUGCCUGGGCUUCGCCCGUGGGCUCUUCCUCUUCGGGCAGCCCGAUUUCUCCUACAAAAGGAGCAAUUGCAAACCCAUCCCCGCCAACCUGCAGCUAUGCCACGGCAUCGAGUACCAGAACAUGCGGCUGCCCAACCUCCUGGGCCACGAGACCAUGAAGGAGGUGCUGGAACAGGCGGGCGCCUGGAUCCCGCUCGUUAUGAAGCAGUGCCACCCGGACACCAAGAAGUUCCUUUGCUCGCUCUUCGCCCCGGUCUGCCUCGAUGACCUGGACGAGACCAUUCAACCCUGCCAUUCACUGUGCGUGCAGGUGAAAGACCGCUGCGCCCCGGUCAUGUCCGCCUUCGGUUUUCCCUGGCCAGACAUGCUGGAAUGUGACCGCUUCCCUCUGGACAACGACCUCUGCAUCCCUCUGGCCAGCAGCGACCACCUCUUGCUGGCCACUGAGGAAGCUCCAAAGGUAUGUGAAGCCUGCAAAAACAGAAAUGAUGAUGACAACGACAUUAUGGAGACCCUUUGCAAAAAUGACUUUGCCCUGAAGAUAAAAGUGAAAGAGAUAACUUACAUCAAUCGAGACACCAAGAUCAUCCUGGAAACGAAAAGCAAAACUAUUUACAAGCUGAACGGAGUGUCCGAACGGGAUCUGAAGAAAUCCGUGUUGUGGCUCAAAGACAGCCUGCAGUGUACCUGUGAGGAGAUGAAUGACAUCAAUGCUCCCUACCUGGUCAUGGGACAGAAGCAGGGUGGGGAGCUGGUGAUCACCUCCGUGAAGCGGUGGCAGAAAGGGCAGCGAGAGUUCAAGCGAAUCUCCCGCAGUAUCCGCAAGCUCCAAUGUUAAUUUCUUCCUGUCUGCCUGGGUUCUCUGCCUGGCCCAUCCUGGCGGUUCUGCUCCCCGGCCAAGCUGAGCAUGUCCGCCCGGGACUCCUUCCUCUCACUUAACCAGCCUCCAUGCCCAGCCCUACACUUCCCACUGCCUUUUGCACCUUCUUAUCCCAGAAUUUCUUGAGUUUUGAAAUUCCUAGGAAGCCUGGGGCAUAGAGAGCUAUUUUUCACUUAAAAGAAAAAGAAAGAUAGAAAAAGAAAACACCCAAAUCUUAUGUGUACAUAUUAAAAUUGUAAUAAAAAAUCAUGGAUAGUUUUAUGAAAUAUUAAAAUAGCUUGCUUCAGGCUAGUUAUUGGGUAGGGGAAAAUGUGGAUCAGGCAUGAUGGUGCACGCCUUGUAAUCUCUGCUACCAGGGAGGUUGAGGCUGGUGGAUCACUUGAGCUCAGGAGUUCUGAGAUAGAGUAGGACUGAAAACCCUGUCCAGUGUCCCAGAGUAAGUCCAGUGGCACGCCACCAACCUGCCUGAGGAAGAGUGAAGCAGCCUGGGCUGGAGAUACAACAGGUCAGAGCUUUUGUGUCUGUCAGUAAUGGGAUCAGGCCGGUGAGCGUUUGCUGCGUUUUCGACCUGGGCAGGAUAGGAAAACCCAGUGUCCAUUAAAAAAGAACAUGACUCACACCUAAUUUUUUUUUCCUUCUUUAUUUGGAACAUCUUGUUUUUAUUUGUCACUUACAAUGCAAUAACAUGCCUAAUGCUUCACAUUCUAUAUAACCAGUCUCUAUUGUGUGUAACAGAAUAGGUUGAGAUAGAGCUGGCUGUUAUCUCAACCCCUUACUCUCCUUCGCUCUGGCCUGGCACUUGGGGGUCUGAGCUUUUCAACAUUCAGCUGUUAUUAUUCCAUCAUAGUUGGGAAAUUACGGCUCUUGUAUGUGGCAUUCCAUUUCCAGGUACAGGACUUGGAUUGAUGCAAAGCACAUUAACCUAUGUUCCUGGCAUGUUUCCUUCCAAUAAAAUGCAAAAACAGAUUACCAAUAUUAUAACUGAUCUGAAUACAAUGUUAAGCUUUUUAAAAAAUAAUUUUACUUAAUUUUACAAUUAAACCAUUUGUAGCCUGCCUGUAAUAUACGUAGUGAUUUACCUAAAAGAGUUGUAAAAUAUUGCUUUAACCAACACUGUAAAUAUUUCAGAUAAACACUAUAUUCUUGUAUAUAAACUUUAUGCCAUGUUUUACCCAUUGA